AUGUUUGUUUGUUGGUUUUUGGGUUUGGUAUAUGUUGUUUGUUUGGGUUGUAUGGGUUUUGUAUGUUUGUUUGGUUGGUUGGGUUGGGUGUUGUAUGUUUGUUUGUUGUGUUUGGGUGUUGUUGUUUGUUUGUUUGUUUGUUGUGUUUGUAUGUUGGUUUGUUGGUUGUUUGGGGUGUUUGUAUGUUUGUUUGUGUGGAUAUUGUUUGGGGUGUUUGUUUUGUUUUUUGGUGGGUGUGUGGUGUUUGUUAUGUGUGGUUGGUGUGGGUGGGUGGGUUUGGGUGUGGGUAGGUGUUGGGGGUGGGGUGGGGGGGGGUUGUUGGUGUGGGGGGGUGGUUGUGUGGAAGGGGGGUGGGUGGGUGGGGUGGUGGGUGUGGGUGAUUUGGGGGAGGGGGAUGUGAUUUUUGAGGGUAGGAGAGUAAAUUGGUUGGGGUGUGUUAUUGAGAGUGGUGAAUUUAGGGGGGUUGAGAGGGAGAUGGAUAUAGGGGUGGUGUGGGUAGGUUGGGGGUUUGGUGGGGGGAAUUUGGGGGGGUUGGGGGGUGAUGAAGGGGAUUGGGGUGGGGAUGGAGGGUGUUGUGAUUUUUUUGGAGGGAGGGAAUUGGAGUAUGGUAUGGUGGUUGGGAUGGAUUGGGUUGUUUGUGGGUGGGGGGAUAGUGUUAUUGAAAGGUAG